AUGGUAGGCGUGGGUGGGUAAGUUGAUUCGAUGAUUGACCGAUCGACGCUACUGCGCACAUCAUGCCAUGACCCCGGGGCAUGACGAGCCAGGGAACAGUCAGGAUGGUAUAAGUGGGUGGUAUGGAUAAGAGGAGAACAGUGAAGGGCCACCUCUUCCAAAUACAUCCAGACAAGGGCCUGUUUCUCUUUUGAAGAGACGAUCACAUUCGCCGAUACCAACCCACUUUGCCUUGCCUUCCUCGUCAGUCACCAGUCCACUCACAAUGACAUCGACAUAUCGAUCUCCUCCACUUCACAAUCCACUCAGGUACAACAUUUGGAUCCCAGCUUCCGAUGGCAGCAGACUCGCCGCUUGGUUCUGCCCCGCUCUGGUCUCUGGCUCUUCAUCUGGGUGCAAAAGACCUGUAGUGGUGUGCGCUGGCGGUCUGGGCGUCAUCAAAGUACGUUGCUUGUUUCGCUUGCACGGAAAUUCGAUACGACGACACAAGAGAGCGGGGCUGUGCUGACCAAGGACAAGAUCGUCUUUCGUCGUUGUAGGAGAUGAGACUACCAGCUUACAUGUCCGCCUUUUCGAGCGCUGCAUAUCACUGCGUUGCAUUUGAUUAUCGAUGCUUUGGAGAGUCUACAGGAAUGCCGAGACAGUUGCUGGAUUUUGAGAGCCAGCAAGCAGAUUGGAAAUGUGUCAUUGAAUGGGUCGUGAAGAAUGGGCAGAGCAAAGGGGCAAAGGGCGGUCCUGAGGCCUCAAAGGAUUCCGUGACCGGAGCCCCAUCCCCACUCGCUGGAGAUUCCUUGCCGAAUUUCGCAGAUCUCAUCGACCCGACGCAGAUCGCCCUGUUUGGCACUUCCUUUGGCGGAGGGCAUGUGAUCAAGCUGUCUUCGCAGCUCCCUGCGCUAGGCUUGCCCAUCAAAUGUUCCAUCUCCCAAUGUCCAUUCACGGACGGCUACGCUUCCAGCAAAACGGUCAAGAGCAUCUACGCGAAGCUUUACGUCGGAAUUUGGGGAGCGACGGAUAAGGUCAGUGCCGUGGUGCGCGGCAAGGACGCUCCUCCGAUCACGAUACCCUUGGCGGCGAAAGAUGGCCAGCGUGAGUGGAGAAACGUGAUGGGGGCGCGACGGGACUCCCUCCGGUAGCCUAGAGGGACUCGAUCGGCUAACACUUUCGACAUGUGACUGGUUCACAUUGAUGAACUCCCUCGCAGCUGCGCUGAUGAAUGCCCCAGACGUCUAUGCGAAUUACAUUUCCCAAUUGCCAGCCUCCAUCAAGGACAAUUUCGUCAAUGCGGUGUCUGCGCGAACAGCUCUCUCUAUUCCUUUUCUGGUGCCAGGCUCCUACGCCGCUUCCGUCCAAAUCCCCAUCUUGUAUGCUAUAUGCGGCAAGGACUCGGUGGCGCCUGCUCAGACCACUCGAAGGUACGCUCAGGAGAGCGCAAGAGGAGAAAUCGCGUGGUUCGAAGAGGAGGGACAUUUUGAUCUGUAUCAGGGACAAGGGCUGGAGAAGGCUACUAGGAGAUAUGUACAGUUUCUUCAGGCACACUUGAAAUGA